AUGCAUACCUUUCGGGCGGUCCCUUCAACUAUUCAUCAGAAGCUCAAGUUCCCAGUCGACGGAAUGGUAGGGGAGGUCAGAGGAGAUCAAGCCCAGUCGAGAUCAUGUUAUGUUGAGAUGGUUAAGAUAGCAGAGAGAGGGCGACGUGAUACUCUCACCAAAGAAGAUUUGGGGGACGAGAAACGCCCCCGAGUUGACCCCGAGGAUAAGAUUAAUCAUGUACAACCUAUGGACGAAUUGAUGAUGAUUGACCUCAUCCCCGGUAUGAUGAAACAAACCCGGAUAAGCAAGGAUUUAGAACCACCUCUCCGAGACGAGCUGAUAGCGUUACUGCGAUCUAAUGAAGACAUCUUCGCAUGGCAACCAAGUGACCUAACCGGUAUCUCACCUCGUACUGUUGUGCACAGGCUCAAUUUGCGACCUGAGUGUAAACCCGUCAAACAAAAACGACGGCACUUCGGUACCGAAAAAGACGAAAUCAUACACAAGGAGGUUCAGCGACUUCUGGGCAUCGGACAUAUCAGGGAAAUCCAAUUCCCCACAUGGCUGUCCAACGCAGUUUUGGUACAGAAAGCCAACGGCCAGUGGCGAAUGUGCAUUGACUUCAGGGACUUAAACAAGGCUUGCCCAAAGGACGAUUAUCCCUUACCUCGCAUAGAUCAACUUGUAGAUGCCACUGCCGGGUGCGAACUACUUAGUAUGAUGGAUGCUUCGCAAGGAUACCACCAGAUCCCGCUGGACGAAAAGGAUCAGCCAGCAGUAAGUUUUGUCACAGCCACGGGUACUUACUGUUACGUGGUAAUGCCUUUCGGUUUGAAAAAUGCAGGCGCCACGUAUCAGCGAUUGAUGGAUAGAAUGUUUCGGGCUCAACUCGGACGCAACAUCGAAGUCUACGUAGAUGACAUGCUAGUUAAGAGCAAAAGGCGCUCCACGCACCUCGCAGAUCUAGCUGAGACUUUUGCCACUCUUCGUCUAUAUGGAAUGAAGCUAAACCCUGCGAAAUGUGCAUUUGCAGUACAAGCUGGAAAGUUCCUGGGAUAUGUUGUUAAUCGAGAAGGUAUUAAAGUGAACCAAGAUAAGGUUAAGGCCGUACUCCAGAUGACACCCCCUCGCUCCAUCAAAGAAGUUCAAUCCUUAGCAGGGAAGGUAGUAGCCCUAGCUCGGUUUAUAUCACGGAUGGCUGACAAGAGUCUACCUUUCUUUAAAAUAUUGAGAAAAACAACUCAGUUUGAAUGGACUACCGAGUGCCAGCUCGCAUUCGACGCAUUAAAACGAUCCCUCACUUGUUUACCGAUUCUUAGCACUCCUGAAAAGGGGGAAACUCUGUUCGUAUACCUGUCGGUAGGCGACGAAUCAAUCAGCUCGGUUUUGUUCAAAGAAGUGAAUAACCAACAAAAGCCGAUCUAUUAUACUAGUAAAAUCCUUACUACGUCGGAAAGCAAAUAUUCUGAAGUCGAAAAAAUAGCGUAUGCACUGGUCCUCACUACGCGACGACUCCGGCCUUACUUCCUGUCGCAUACCAUGGUAAUCCGUACACGUCUACCACUUCGGCAAACCCUAGGCCAACCUACUGCGUCAGGACGAAUUGUUAAAUGGGCCAUCGAAUUAGGACAAUACGAGAUUCAGUAUCAACCCCGCACCUCGGUUAAAGGGCAGGCCCUGGUAGAUUUCAUCCGGGAGACUACCAGGAUACCUAUCGAAAAGGAGUGGAAAAUUUACGUGGACGGGUCGUCUACAGCAACAGGAGCAGGGGCAGGAAUAAUAGUCAUUGAUCCCACGGGAACGGAGGUCGAGUUUGCCGUCAAACUACCUCGGGUUUCCAAUAACGAAGCAGAAUACGAAGCUUUCAUCCGAGGAAUGGAGAUUGCUCAGGAGCUCGGAGCGCGAGUGGUGCGAAUAUACUCCGACUCACAAUUGGUGAUACACCAACUAGAAGGAGAUUAUGAAGUAAAAAACGAUAGAAUGAAGGGAUAUGUGAAUAAAGCUCGAGCAGUACAAGAAACCUUCGAAGCCUGCACGGUGUAUCAACUCCCGAGGAGCGACAACCAACGAGCUGACUUCCUCGCUAAGAUUGGGUCGUCAGUCGCUGACUGUGUUGAACGAAAAAUCACCAUUCUCAUUGCCCCUACCCCGACGCAGGGAGUCAUGAUGAUCGAUGAAGAACCUGACUGGAGAACACCUUUGUUCAAGUAUUUCAGAGGAGAGCGCUUUGGCACGAAGAGGGAACAACAUCGUUUGGCAUAUAAAGCGAGGCACUUCUAUGUGCGGCACGAGAUAUUAUACAAGAGGAACUUCACCACAGUAGAUGCGAGAUGCCUAGGAAAACAAGAGGUGAAACAUGUCCUGGACGAAGUACACCGAGGAGGUUGUGGAGAGCAUGGAGGAGCUCGGGCCCUCAUACAGAAAUUACAUCGGGCCGGAUACUAUUGGCCCGGUAUGAAGAGGGACACCCAUCAAUAUGUGCAACAUUGCAUACAAUGUCAGAAAUUUGCCCCACUUAUCCAUAAACCAGGAGAAGAAAUGACCAUCAUGAGCGCUCCAUGCCCCUUCGCCCAAUGGGGAAUUGAUCUGGUAGGACCUUUUCCUCAAACCACCGGUAGAAAGAAAUUCCUUAUCGUCGCGGUGGACUAUUUCACCAAGUGGGUCGAAGCUGAGGCUUUGUCUAAAAUAACAGAGGAUGAGGUCAUGCAUUUCAUUUGGAAAUAUAUCUGUUGCCGGUUUGGCCUACCUCGCAGCCUCGUGUCGGAUAAUGGCACUCAGUUCAAUGGCAAAAGGAUCCGCGCAUGGUGCGAAGAGAUGAAGAUCACACAGAAGUUUGUGGCAGUAGCACACCCCCAGGCCAAUGGUCAGGUCGAAUCCACAAAUCGAACCAUUGUCAAUGGCUUAAAAAAGAGGAUAGACGAACUGGGAGGCAGUUGGGUAGACGAGUUACCUUCGGUUCUUUGGUCUUACCGAACUUCGGCCAAAGCAGCUACCGGAGAAACACCAUUUCGUUUAACCUACGGCACCGAAGCAGUUAUUCCAGUAGAAGUGGCAAUGCAUACACUCCGCAUAGCCACAUUCGAUGAGGAAACCAAUGAUGAUGCAUUGAGAACCCAGCUGGAUGAGAUCUUUGACUUACGAGAAGCAGCCUACUUACACAUGGAACGAAGCAAGAAUUUGAUUAAAGCCCGAUAUGACCAAGGGGUCCAAUCUCGCUCGUUCCAAAUUGGUGAUCUCGUUCUACGACGAGCUGAUGCCCUAAAGCACACAGGAAAACUGGAAGCCAAUUGGGAAGGACCAUACGUGGUCACAAAGGGCUUGGCUGGUGGAGGAUACGAGCUGGCAGAUGUAGAAGGAAAACCAUUGCCACGGGCAUGGAAUGUCAUCCAUUUGAAACGCUUCUUCGCGUAA